AUUAAUAGUUUAGCGUGUAAUAGGAAAACAUUUACACACAAUUGAGCGGAUCUAGUUAAAACAAUUCAGAAAGUUUUAAUUUAUUCUACAAAAAGUAAAAAAAAAAAAGAUUGCUCCGGAUUUUAAACAGAUAUCAAAAAGAUGUGGUAUCUACUUCUUGCAAGUAUUUUCGUAUUGUUUAGCACUGUACAUAAUGCCGAAGCCUACACCCCAAACGACACUGCCACUUUACAGGCGGACUUGUACGCUUCAUACGCAAAGAAAUUUAGACCGCGAUCCAAAACAGAUGUGUUGCUGGAGUUUGGACUCUUACAUAUUACAGAACUGGAUAUUGUUACACAGCGCUUACACUGCGUGGGAUUUCUUUUAAUGGAUUGGAACGAUGACCGGUUGCAGUGGACACCGUCACAAUACGGGAAUAUGACCUUCACCAUGACCUUAUUACCAGACCUUUGGACUCCGCCUCUAACUUUGAGUAAUGCAGCGGAUGAAAUAAAAUUGCUAAAUGACAAUUCUAAUUUUGCGAGUUCCCCAGUUUUCGUGCAGCACGACGGGGCUGUGGUCUGGAUGGCACCAGCCAAUUUCAUAGCACAGUGUACGAUCAACAUAAAAUACUACCCAUUUGAUUCACAAAACUGCAAAAUUGUGGUUACUUCAUGGAUGUACUUGGAAAAUCAAAUAGAUCUUGGUGCAACCUUUUCAAAAAUCAACCUUGACAUAUAUGAGGAACAUGGUGAAUGGGAAAUUACUCAAACUUCUGUGAAUAAUAUCACAAGAGUACUAAGUGGUUACCGUUUGCCAGCAAUUCAGUUCUCGAUUCAUCUUAAGAGAAAAUAUUCCUACUAUCUGUUGAACAUGCUGCUUCCGGUAGUCAUUCUUGCUGUCAUGGCGCCAUUUGUAUUCAUCUUGCCAGUGGAGAGCGGAGAGAAGAUCGGUUAUGCUCUGACAAUUCUUUUGUCGUUGUCAGUUGUCAUGACACUCGUGUCUGACAGUAUACCACCAACAUCGACUAAUAUUUGCGUCCUAAGCGUGUAUCUAUUGACGACGUUCAUUAUCUGUUCUUUGGUAACCUUGGUAACAGUUAUUACAUGCAGGGUACACGAACUUCACAACAAAACAUAUCUGAUGGGUGAGAGAUGUCAGAAACUUGCCAGGGUCCUCGCUAAAAUUACGAGAUACAGAAGAAGGCCUAAAAUUGGUGACUUAAAUGAACUCAAAGAGGACCAUAGCCAAAAGAUAAUACAAGUUAAAAUGGCAGAAAAGAUUGGCCUGUCUGAACAGCCAGAAGGAGACAAUAAUAACGCCUGGACUGAAAAUGAAAACGAAGAAAAAUAUUCAGAAAUAGAAGUUAAAAUUGAAUUCACUUACGAGGAUAUGGUGAUCAUGUGUGAAACAUUAAAUUUCAUUGCGUUUACAAUUUUGACAUCAUCCGUUACAAUUAUUGUCAUGGUAAUUCUCCAAACUGGAGAGUCUGUCUAAAGGAAUUGUUCCAUCCAGAUUUUCUAAGACAGAGACAUUUUAAUGUCAGGGCAGUUUCAAAGUAGGUUUAAUCUCCGGAACAUAGUAGGAAAAUAUUUUGAAUCAAUGUGACGGGGCCAUUAAAAUGAAGCUCGCAGUCUUUCCGAUAAUUUAAGAAUCUGGCGUGGGAGUUGGACAGAUGUAACGAAGCUGAUGUUAUGAUUUCAAUCAUUUAUAUAAAAGUGUCUCUUUUUCAAAAUGAAACCUAUACUAGUAGAAAAAGUAACCAUUUUGCGUCUUGUGUGAUUGAAAACUGUAUCGGGUAUCACAGUAUCUUUUUGUCAGGCGAAUUUUAUGGAAAAGUCGGGAUAUUUUUUAUUACGGCUAGUGUCACCACUUUUAUCUUGUCAAGUGCGUGAAAUCGGAAUAAUGCUUAAUGACAGGAAAAUGUCAGAAAACUUUGAGCCGCACCAUGAGAAAACCAACAUAACUCAUAGUGCAUUUGCGACCAGCAUGGAUCCAGACCAGCCUGCGCACUGUUCUAUAAAUAGCGCACAUAAAAACUUCACUUCGUUCCAUUUUAUACGGUGUUCCAUUUGGACAAUCGUGACAUUUUAUUUAAUACUAAACCGCGAUGCACGAUGGUACGAUGACGAAAACGCGAUGGCACGAUGAUGAAACAACGAUGGUAUGAUGGUGAAAACGCGAUGGCACGAUGAUGAAAUCGCGAUGGUGCGAUGGUACGAUGGUGAAAUCCCAGUAUGGACCGUUCGGUAAAAUGUUACCGUGUAUAAAUAUCGCACACGGUCGGACAAAACGUAAGUUCGGAACGGCCAUGUUGUCUUUACAGCAGGUGUUAACAUAACGGUCAAGACAGUCACUUUCGUAUGGACUAAUCUGUAUGUUAUUUUCGUUUCUUGAUUCAGUCGUUUCGCAGUUUAUAUGAAUAAAACGCGGAAAAUUCUUUUGACGAAAUGUCGUAACAUUUAAAUUCGGACACUCGAUUAUUUUGUCAUACGUUCAUAUGCUCCAGUCUGUUGAUAUUUCUCUAAGCUGGUGUGAAAAAUUCAAAAGACGUGCAGUGUCACAAUAAUUUUCUCUUGAUUUACCCCUAAAUUCCAGCUGCAGCUCCGGUUUAUUGAACUGAACACGUACUGUGGAAGGCACGUGAUUUGUUUCAAUGACAACGUCUUUCUGUCCACCUGCAACAUAAAUUCAUCUUGCGUAAAUUCUUUUGCAGAAUAAAUUAAAUUUUAUUUGGAGUGAACUUUGGCAAAGUACCAUUAGUAUCACAGAUACGUUACUGAAUACUGAACUUAAAUGCAGAAUAACUAAUUUGGUAUAUAAAACUAAAUAAAAAUAUAUGCUUCAUGUUACGUAUAUUGUAAAAUGAAAAAAAUAAGUGAAAAACACAUGAAUUAAAGUAACGUAUGUUGAAUAAAUUAAUGUAUAUUGGCAUGGCAAUAACGUUUGGACAGUGUAAAUUAAUUCGUAGAAAAUAAUUUUGACAAUUUCAUAUGUAAAAAGCAUUAGAUGUGGCUACAAUAAACUUAUAACUUAUAUCCUCACACCAUAAUCCUAAAACCUCUUUUUAAGAGAAAAGGUAUAGGAUAUGCACUGUUUGAUUUUUGGUUAAUAAAGGAACGCUCUUUUCAAAAAAUAAAAUACAAUGUGCAUUAAAAUCUUAAUGUAAGCAACAACAAUAUCGCAGAAUAAAAGGGUCAUCGACCCUAUAUCGCAACCCAGAAUUUCACUGCUUUAAUAAGUUUUCCAUUGAGUCUUAUAGAGAAAAUAACAACCGCCUAAUCUAGCCAUUUUUACUACUUUACAAGUAUGAUAGUGAAUCACCUAAGGAAUAAUAACACCCGCCCAAUCUAGCCAUUUUUACUACUUUACAAGUAUGGUAGUGAAUCACCUAAGGAAUAUUGCUGUGAAAUUAUGUCAUAGUGGGAUUAGUGGUUUAAGAAUAGAAGGCCUUUGAAGAUUUUUAUAUUAUGGAGCUCUUUAUCUGUGAAAAUCUUUUAAAGGGACUAAACUCAAAAUCGUUCGAAAAAAUUGCGAUAUAUAUGUAUCAGGAAAUUAUUGUUAUAUUUCUCAAGAAGGUUUUGAGUCUUGGUUACUGACAGAUUAUAUGUUAUGGAAGCUUAUGAGCAUAGCUGUUUGCUUUUUUUUAAACCAACUUUUCCGUUGUCAUGGGACACCGAAGAUAACUGCCUUAAUCAUAAAGACUACGUUUCCUAAGACAAUUGCCGAUGCAAACCAUGUUCGAUUCCCGACACAAAUAUCUAAUUCUUCUUGAUUUAGCAUUUUAUAUUUUAUAGUUUAACACCAAAAACAUGUUCUAAUGCUCAUAAUUAUUACCGUGGCUAUUUCUAAAAGAAAGAUAAAUCUUAACCAAAGCCUGGAGUCCAGUUUCGUUAAUCAAAAAUAUAUUGUUAUGAAAGAACACAAGUAUUUAUUAAAACGUGGCAAAAAAUGUCAAGAAACCUCUUUUUUUCAGUAUUUGCAGCGGUAACUUUAACAAUUUUUUUCUUAACUGAAACUGUUGGCCCGAUUUUAAAAUAAUUUCACACAAACAAGUGUUCACUGGGUGGUCCUUUACAUAUUGACCAUAUUCGUCAAUGGGUCCAAAUUCGAAAUAACUUUGCAAACAAAAAAUACAGUCUCUUGUGCGACCCUUCAUCAAUACUAUUAUUUCGAUUAGUCAGAAACAUGCAUAAGUUAAAAUUUAAAUAAACCUCCUAAACCAUUUAUCGGAUUUUAACGUAACUAGACUCCACGCUUUGGCUUAGAUUAUCUUUCUUUUAGCAAUUAUGUAUCAUUAUUUAAGCAGAAUUUUAAUUUCCCGAUGCGAAAAUUAAGAAAGACAUGCAAAAAUUAAGACGAUAAGUAUCGCCCUAAAAACCUCGCGAGGAUUGUUUAAUCUCGCAUCUAUAUAUGUUUUGGGAUAUGGCGACAUUGUCGCGUGUUGGUGAGGCGAGAAUUAAAGUGGAACAAACAGGAUUCCGUAGUAGUUGGAAUAAUUUUGAUAGAGAGUUUCCCUAAGAGCGUCUGCGUGAAAAUAUUUCAAUGGCGGGCCAGAAGUUUCUAACACGAAUAUUUUCCCGGUAGAUACAUAUUAGGGAAAAAGUUUUUUGAUAAAUCAGAAUUAUUUGUACAGUUUUAGUACAGGGCCACUGAAAUACUUUUAUGUAAUUAUUUUGAAAUCUGAUCAGUAGUUUCUAGCAAGACGAUUUUGUUGAAAGUUUCCAGUAUAUACAAACGGAAAAGUGACCACACCCCUGGUAGCCAUUUUUGACAAAUCUGAAUAAUUCACUAACAUAAAUGAAAACUGCUGUAAUACUUACGUCCGUGCAAUUGUUUUGUGUCAUACAAUUUAUCUGUAAUUUCCAAAUAAGAUCGGACCAUCACUACACAGGUUAAUACGACAACCAAAAAGCGAAGCGAACACAGUUUUGAAGUAUAUAAUACGACAACCAAAAAGCGAAGCGAACACAGUUUUGAAGUAUAUAAUACGACAACCAAAAAGCGAAGCGAACACAGUUUUGAAGUACAAAUUCGAGUCCUCAUUAUCCAGUUUAUUUGGCUUAUAAUACACAAUACUAGACACGACUUGCGAAUAUUGUCAGUAAAACACCUUUAUUGUUGACAGUAAAUUCAUAUAAAUCUUAUUAUAUGUUUAACAAAUGUAGCUGAGAAUAUAACUGCGAAAUAAAUAGAUUAAUAAUAGUCACAGCUGUCUUAGUCUGAAAUUAUUUUCUGUUUCGAAAUCUGAUUGGUGGAGUUGUUUAGGUCGCUGACACACUUUGGUUGGCCUAUGGAAGGUGUUGCAAUGCUUGGGAGUCAAUUGAGCCCUGUCAUCAACUCAAACGUGUCCGAAAGGGUUAAUCUUUGGCUUAUCAAUCUAUGUUGUACCCAAUAAUUCGCUUCUGUACAUUAGGCAAAGGCAUUUUGCACUUGGCAAGGUAUGAGAAUUUAAUAUUUUAUACAGUUUUGACCCCGAUUUUCAACCUUUAACAAUUGCCGAUACUUGCCGAUAAAUACGGCAUCAUUUCAGCUCUGAAAAUAGGCUAUGUACAGUAUGAAAAUAUUUUUUGUUUCAGUUAGUUCAUAGUAUAAGAGAACUUGUUUUGAAUCCAGGAGGAAACUGGUAGAAAUGUAGAAUGGAACCAUUCUUUUGAAUUGUACACGUAUUUCUUUUGAUUAAGCGGUUUUUGUUGUACACUAUAGUAUGGAAGAGAUGUUGAAUGGCAGAAUUAUAGUACUGAAACAAUU